CGGCUGCCUGCGGGGGAGGAGGGAUCCUAGCUGAGGAACAGGCGCAGGAGGAGGAGGGAAGGAGAAGAAGGAGGCGGCUCCCGCGCUCGCUGGGCCGCGCCACCUGCCCGCUCGCCCGCCCGCCCGCCACCGCCGACAUGCAGGCGAGACCCGGCGGCCCCGCGCUGCUGAUGCUCCUGUGGCCGCUGCCGCUGCUGCUGCUGCUGGGCGCGGGCGGGGGCCGCGCCGAGGUGCUGUUCCGCUGCCCGCCCUGCACGCCCGAGCGCCUGGCCGCCUGCGGGCCCCCGCCGACCGCGCCCUGCGCGGAGCUGGUCCGCGAGCCUGGCUGCGGCUGCUGCCCCGUGUGCGCGCUGCUGGAGGGCGAGGCUUGCGGCGUCUACACCCCGCGCUGCGCCAACGGGCUGCGCUGCUACCCGCGCCCCGACUCAGAGCUGCCCCUGCACGCGCUGGUCCACGGCGAGGGCACCUGCGAGAAGCUGGGCUCCGGCGCCGCGCUCGCCGGCCCCAAGCAGGUGGCAGAGAACGGUGAGGAGCACUCAGAAGGAGGCCUGGUGGAGAACCAUGUGGAUGGGACGGUGAACCUGCUGGGUGGCGGAGCAGGCACAGGCCGGAAGCCCCUCAAGUCGGGCAUGAAGGAGCUGGCGGUCUUCCGGGAGAAAGUGUCAGAGCAGCACCGGCAGAUGGGCAAAGGCAGCAAGCACCACCUUGGCCUGGAGGAGCCCAAGAAGCUGCGGCCACCGCCCGCCAGGACCCCCUGCCAGCAGGAGCUGGACCAGGUGCUAGAGCGCAUCUCUACCAUGCGGCUUCCAGAUGAGCGAGGUCCCCUGGAGCACCUCUACUCUCUGCACAUCCCCAACUGUGACAAGCACGGCCUGUACAACCUCAAGCAGUGCAAGAUGUCUCUGAACGGGCAGCGUGGGGAGUGCUGGUGUGUGAACCCCAACACUGGGAAGCUGAUCCAGGGAGCCCCCACCAUCCGGGGGGACCCCGAGUGUCAUCUUUUCUACAGUGAGCAGCAAGAGACCCGUGGAGUGAACACCCAGCGGAUGCAGUAAAACCACAGCCGGCCGGUGCCUGGCACCUGCACUCCCACCCCCUUCUCCAGACUCCCUGGGGAGGAGGGGCACUUGCCUGAUGGGUGAGUGGGGAGGCUUUUCCAGGAGUUUUCACAUGUGUAUUUAUAUUUGGAUACCAGCACCGAGCUUGGCAUAUCCCCACCCCUGCCACCUCCCCUCUCCUCAGCUGACAUACCUGCACCCCCUUUUUCUGUCACUAUUGGGGAACUGGGGGAGGGGGUUGCAGUGACUCAGCUGGGUCAAGGUCUAGGAGGAGGGGAAAGAAAUUUUUAUUUUUGAACCCCUGUGUCUCUUUUACUUAAGAUUAAAGGAAGGAAAAAAAACCCA